AUGGCAAUGAACAUCUUUCGAACAAAUAACGACCUGAACCGGAAGUCUACGGAUGAAAACAUGUGGUCUAACGCAAGCUUCGGCUAUCUUCGUCGUGCCUUUCACGAGGUCAUUGUUGGCGAUUUCAGGACCAAAAUUGAAACCAGAAGAACGGCUGAGGAAUUCCACAUCAGAACAUAUGGCUUUCAAUGGAUUGAACCAGGAGAAAGACUUCCCGAUUUUGUCAUGGCGACUAGGACCGUCCAUGAGAAAUCGCAAUUCCAGAAGCCCUCGUCUCUACGCUGGACGUGGGAGCUACCUGAUGGAGGGUACCAUAAUGAAACUGACCCCAUCAUUCUCAGUAAAAGGUUCUGCUUGACGAAUGUCGCUUUUGUGCCAGUUUUGUAUCGCCUUGUUCAAGAGGGAUUUUCUUUCACAAGGAGAAGAGAGAAAUCCGCGAUGUUCAUAAAGCAAACUCCCAGAAUCAUCUUCUACUGGGACCUCAUCGCUUCGCUUAUCGGCUUUUAG